UAUGGAACCGUGGGAUAGGUUUCCCGAUCACCAGGAUGAUGCUGAUAGCUGCUCAGAGUCUGUGAAGUUCGACGCCCGCUCCAUGACAGCCUUGCUUCCUCUGAAUCCUAAAAAUGGUCCUACCCUACAAGAGAAACUGAAGUCUCUCAAAGCUGCACUGAUUGCCCUUUAUCUCCUUGUGUUUGUAGUUCUCGUGCCUAUCAUCGGAAUAAUGGCAGCGCAAGUCCUGAAGUGGGAAAUGAAGAAUUGCACAGUUGGUUCAAUUAAUGCAAACGAUAUGUCUCAAAGUCUCGCAGGAAAAGCAAAUGACAGUGAAGAAGAAAUGAGAUUUCGAGAAGCUGUAAUGGAACAAAUGAACAACAUGGAGAAGAGAAUCCAAUUUAUUUCAGAUACAGAAGCCAAUCUCAUAGAUUCAGAGCAUUUCCAAAAUUUUAGUCUGGUGACUGAUCAAAGAUUCAAUGAUGUUCUUCUCCAGCUGAGCACCUUGGUUUCCUCAGUUCAGGGACAUGGAAACGCAAUAGAUGAAAUCUCCAAGUCAUUAAUCAGUCUGAAUAUCACAUUGCUUGACUUGCAGCUCAAUAUUCAAACACUGAAUGGCAAAGUCCAAGAGAAUACAUUUAACCAUCAAGAGGACGUGAGUAGAUUAGAGGAGCGUGUGUACAAUGCAUCAGCAGAAAUUAUGUCUAUGAAAGAAAAACAAGUGAAUUUGGAACAGGAAAUAAAAGGAGAAGUGAAACUACUGAAUAAUAUCACUAAUGAUCUCAGACUGAAAGAUUGGGAACACUCUCAGACGUUGAAAAAUAUCACUUUAAUUCAAGGUCCUCCUGGACGCCCAGGUGAAAAAGGAGAGAGGGGUCCUGCUGGAGAAAGUGGUCCACGAGGCAUUCCAGGUGCAAUAGGUCCUCCAGGUCCCAAAGGUGAUCGGGGAGCAAUUGGUUUUCCUGGAAGCCGAGGAUUCCCAGGACCAAUGGGGAAGACCGGGAGGACAGGAAAUCCUGGACCCAAAGGCCAGAAGGGGGAAAAAGGGAGCGGAAGCAUGCUAACUCCACCUAAGACCGUACGAUUGGUUGGUGGUAGCGGUCCUCAUGAGGGCAGAGUGGAGAUUUUCCACAGUGGCCACUGGGGCACGGUCUGUGAUGACCACUGGGAGCUACGAGGUGGACAGGUCAUCUGUAGAAGUUUGGGUUACCAAGGUGUUCAAGCUGUGCAUAAGGGAGCUUACUUUGGACAAGGUACCGGUCCAAUCUGGCUGAAUGAAGUGUUUUGUUUUGGGAGAGAAUCAUCUAUCGAAGAAUGUAAAAUUAAACAGUGGGGUGCGAGAGUCUGUUCACACUCUGAAGAUGCUGGAGUCACUUGCGUUUUAUAA